AUGCCUCCACGUGGAGCCUUCCUGCUCUUCGAGGGCUUGGAUCAUUGUGGCAAGACGACGCAGACGAAGCUUCUUCACGAGGCUCUCACCUCCUCCUCUCCUUCCAUCCCUUCCACUGUGUUGCACUUCCCAGACCGCAGCACUGCCAUUGGCAAGAGCAUCCACUCGUACCUUACGAGCUCUGCUGCAAUGGACGACCACGCCAUCCACCUGCUUUUUUCUGCAAACCGAUGGGAAGCAGCCACUACAAUUGAGUCCCUCUUAGUCAGUGGUCAACACGUUAUACUUGACCGCUACUCGUUCAGCGGCGUGGCUUUUUCCGCUGCCAAAACUGGCAUGUCCCUCGAUUGGUGUUGGGCUCCAGAGACUGGCUUGCCUAAGCCGGACGCUGUCAUUUUCCUGGACGUACCAGUCGCACAGACGGCAGCUAGAGGUAACUUUGGUCAAGAGCGGUACGAGAAGAUGGACUUUCAAGGGAAGGUGCGCCAGAACUUUUACGCUAUCAUGGAACGCACGACGCCCAAGUGGCACGUCGUGGACGCAACGGGGACGACCGACCAAGUACAUCUCAAGGUGUUGGAUAUUGCCAAAGAGGUGAUAGCAAAGUACACGGGGAGUCCAUUGAACCACUUUGAGAAGUUGUGA